AUGGAAGAAGAUAACGAUUAUUACACGGCUAAUAAUAAAGUCAACGUAUUCACCGUUUUCAAGAAAGUGUACGAGGACAAUUGUGGAAGUGACAGCGUAAGCACAACCCUAACAUGGUUUUUCUGGCUCUUGGCCGAAAACGGUUUUGCGGAAACCAAGAUUCUUGAAGAAAUCGAGAAUGUACUAUCUCUAUCGUCGCACGAAAAUCCGAUGUUUUUCGGUGUGGAAGAGUGUAAGAAGCUAGUUUACAUCCAUGCAUGUUUGUCCGAAACCCUAAGGCUAUUCCCUCCGGUUGCUUUGGAGCUCAAAUCUCCGGUCGAACCCAAUAUUCUCCCGGCCGGUGGUAAUAAUAAUAAUAAUAAUAUUAAAGUCGAAAAGAAUACUAAAAUUAUUAUUUCUUUCUAUUCGACGGGGAGAAUGGAGAGUGUGUGGGGAAAAGAUUGCUUGGAGUUCAAGCCGGAGCGUUGGAUUUUGGCCGGAGGAGAGUUGAGGCACGAGCCCUCGUUUAGGUUUCCGGCGUUUAACGUGGGGCCGAGGAGCUGCCCUGGUAAGGAGAUGUCUUUCGUCGAGAUGAAGAUGGUGGCGGUUGCUAUCGUGCACCGCUAUCGUGUUCGGUUGGUCGAGGGUCAUAGGGUUUCGACGAGGGGUUCGGUUAUUCUUAAGUACUAA